AUGGCACUUGGUAGGCUGAGGAUAUUGAUGAGUAGUGUGGUGGUGGCUUGGUCUGUCAUUACAACAAAUCUAGCGUCGGUCAGUGUGGCUGAAUGUGAAGCGGCUAUAGGAUUGCUGCAACCGUGCGGGGAGUUCUUGGUUGGCAUGGGCAGCUCCACCCCAACACCCGACUGUUGCGCCGGCGGCAAGGCGUUGGACAAGGUGAUAGCCGCCACUUCCCCAGCAGAAAAGAAGGCCUUGUGUGAGUGCCUCAAGAAAGCUGCACUCGUCUUGCAGAUCAACCGCGACAGAGCCAAUCAGUUCCCCAAACUCUGCCAACUUACUGCCAAGUUCACCCUUAGCCCCGACAAUGAUUGCAACAAGUAUAUCUCUCACCCUGGCUAA